GAUGCUCCUGAGAUGCGUCGGCGCGUGUACGUCAAGUGGUUUCUGAAUCACUGUUGCCGACAUAGGCCGCUGCUUCGUUAACGAGUUUGGCAAGACGCAGGCCACACACGAAACACCGAGAGAGCGCAGCACAUGUACCCGAUACUGUACACGUCGGCAGGUCAGUGCGCAGAGACGGUCUUGACGCAAAAUGCAUGGCCGCGUUUCUCAGCAGGGCGGACUCCAUGCUCGGUACCAUCGCUGCAAACGUCGGCUGCGCAGCGCCGCACGCACCCCCCUUACGCACAAGGAAGUAUGUCCAUCACGAGUCUGUCGCAGCACACAUUCGCAGCGGAGGCCACGCAGACCGCGUCCAGCAAUCCGGCCCUAGCCAUUGCGCGGCAGAAGGCGCGAUACUCCCGCGCCUAUGUGCCCCCACCAGGGCUGUGUCGGUCCCGGCUGGAUACCUCAGCUGCAACACAGCCGCAACAGACGCAGGGAGCCUCCCAGCAGUACACACAUGACGGCGUGCACUCGCAGCUCAACACGCGCACAGCAGCCCAACCUUGUGGGGCAAAAGAUGCUGCGCAGGCAAGAGCCACAACAGCAGGAAGCUCUGGCAACCCCCCGAGAUCGUCCUCAGCACCGUCCACGGGGGAGUGGCUUCAGCUUUUCGGUUCCAUGCAGGAACGGCAGCUGGCGUGCUGGCGGCAGCUCACACAGACGCAGCACCAGCUCACCUUUGAACUGCAGGGUAUCCGUGCGGAUGUGCGGAGCAUUGCCGAGAAGCUGGCCGAAACAAACGCGCUGCUGGCGCAGAAUGUGGCGACUUUAGCGGCCAAGGCGCAACCGACCGCCACACCAGCAUCUCCACGUAAGCGCCCGCGAGAAUUGCGAUCAAAUGACACCCGCGCAGACGCGGAAAGGAGCCCGUUUCCGCAGCAGCAGCAAAUGACACGACCUCGCUCCUCCUUGCAUCCGCUGCGGGGUGACAACGACGAUGGGGUAGACGACGGGAGAGUCGGGCCCGCGCAGCGACGGAUGACGGUGCACAGCGUUCGCCUGAUUGGCGGCAGCGCCACCUCGACGCAGGCGAUUCCCCACGGCGACCCUGCGGGCAACGAAAGCGAUCCGACUCCCGCUGACGCCGCCUUUCCCCACGUGUCCAGCAACGACAUAGACGACAAAAUGUCUGAAGCUGCGGACAGCGAGGCCGAUCUCUUCCUGCUGUGA